CCUUAACCAAAGUAUAAAGAAAUCAAAUUAUCAAAACAUAACUUACGUAGUCUUUGGAAGUCUUGUUAUAGUGAUUUAAAUAAAUAUUUUCAUUCAAUUGUGAAUUUACACCAACAUGGAUAUAAAGAUGUACGAGAAAAUCACAUCCACUAUUAGGGAAUAUAAAGGAUUAUCCAGGAAUUGCUUGAAAUUAUUAAGAGAAACUUUUCCCAACAUUCAGUAUGAAGUGUUAUGCAGUAUAUUAUCUUCAGAAUAUCAGAAAUUAAUGAAGUUUACCUACACAAGGUCUGAAUGGAAAAUGAAUAAGUAUUAUAAUAUGUAUAAGCAGGCAAUUGCUAAUGGAGAAGAACCAGGUAUCAUCAUCAACAUUGCCAGGAAAGUGAAUAUUGCUCCAUGUCUAAUUGCUAAGCUGAUAUUAAAAUGUAUUGAUAGCAAUGACAACCCUGACCAGCAAACAGACACUAGCAAUACUAAGAUUAAUAAACUUCUUAAAGACACAAACUUGAUCACAGAUCAAAAGCUAGCUCAUGAAAUAUUUCUGUGCACAUUAUAUGAUGACCAGUAUAGCCCAAUUGUAGAGGCAAUGAAAAAUUCUGUUGGGCAACAAUAUGAAAUAAAAUUGUACAAGAAAAUGUCUGAUUUGGGAAUAGCAUUCAGAGAUGAGAUAUAUUUAAGGAAAUUUGGAUAUGACAAAACACCAGAUGUUAAACUGGAAAUACCAAUAGCAGUUAAUGGUUUCAUUAUUCAUUGGAUUGAGAGUAAAGCAAUGUUUGGUGAUUACGAUAUACAUCAGGAUUAUGUAAAAAAACAGUAUUCAUGCUAUUGGAAUAGGUUUGGAUCAGGAUUGGUGAUAUAUUGGUUUGGAUACUUGGAAACUGUUAAAUUACAAAAUGACAAAAGAUUUAUUGUUAGUGAUCAUCUACCAGAAAAUUUAACGUGCAUAGGUAUAGAAUAGUGGUUAUUCUAAUGUGAUAUUUUCUGCAAGUGUUGACAUUGUUUUUUAUGUUUUAUA